AUGACCAUUGAUUAUACUUAUUCAUUUUUCCGGGUCUCCAAAUCCGAGGAAAUCUAUCGAUCCGCUCAAAAAUACCGAGAUCUUCGUUUGCAAGCACUCCAAGUGUCACCGGGGUCAUUCGCCUCGACUUAUGAAACCGAGUCUGCCUUUACAGAUAAUGAUUGGAUAAGCCGCUUAACAGAUCCGGGCUAUGAGAUCUUUAUCUCUGCCGCAACAUCUCCUCAUUACAGCUUGAGUGAGCCGGAAUGGGUCGGUCAAGUUACGCUACGUGGCCCUGCUUCUUCACAAGACUUCACUCUACCUGCCGCAUCAUGUCAGCCACCACAGAAGUCAGAUUCAGAGGAGGAACGCUGGCAGAUGCUGAGCUUGUUUACACUACCCGAACAUCGUGGAAAUCGACUUGGUGCAAAUCUAUGUCGAGAAGCACUUGAUUAUCUUCGAAACUAUCGACUCUCACCACCGAGUAUCCACGUUCGCCUCAUGGUUAGACCGGAGAAUCAGGUCGCAGUGAAGCUAUAUCGGCGACUAGGUUUCAUCGCGGCGGGAAAUUGCAACCUUUCCGAGGCUCUGGUUGCGAAUGGAGACGGAUAUCUCUUGCCUAAGGACUUGAGUGCAACGAAAUGGUCGACUCGUACAGGAUUGAUCAUGAGUUUGUGGAUAACUCGGCAUUGA